UUGGACAGGGUCCAUGUACCAUCGGGAACACAGCCACUCCUCUCCUACCGCGAAACGACGCGAAAAUCUUAUUAACCACGUGUAUAUAUAAGCGAACAAGUUCUUUUCUAGCUUUUCGGUGAUCUACAUCCACGAGGAAUGGAGUUAUUUUGAUCAUACGAUGAAGUUUGGCUAUUUCCGCCGGGUGGUGCAUUUCGCGGAUUUCCCGCAGAAUAAAUUUUCUGUAAUAUCUUGGUGAAUUUAUUUGAAAGACUUCACAAGACGAAACGGGAAUUGCACAGGAAGGUGUUCAGGGCUUCCCAGAAACUUAAGGGCUGUUGAGAAUUUGACUGGCCACAUUUUUGAGAAUCACUCCUUCAGUGUGUCGUACAUACUGGACGAAGAGGCAGGAAGGGACGGGGGUGUAAGACCCCAGGUCCCGCGAGGGGCAUCUAAAAUGGGGACAGGAAGUCGGGAGCAGGAGUUUGGUCAGCCAGGGGCCAUGGGAGGCCCCCAGGGGCCUAGGCAUCGUCAGCAAGAGCUGCCUCUACGAAUCCUAGUGCCCACUCAGUUUGUGGGAGCCAUCAUUGGAAAAGAGGGACUCACUAUAAAGAACAUCACAAAGCAGACACAGUCCAAGGUAGAUAUCCAUCGUAAGGAGAAUGCAGGAGCAACUGAGAAGUCCAUCACUAUCCACUCAUCUAAUGAGGGCUGUUCACAAGCCUGCAGGAUGAUCCUGGAAAUAAUGGAAAAAGAGGCCAAUGACACCAAGAUUGUGGAAGAGGUUCCUCUGAAGAUCUUGUCCCACAAUAACCUUGUUGGGAGACUCAUAGGGAAGGAGGGCAGGAACCUGAAGAAGAUAGAGCAAGAUACUGGGACCAAGAUCACGAUUUCAUCAUUACAAGACCUAACUAUAUAUAACCAGGAACGUACCAUCACGGUGAGGGGAGGGGUGGAGGAGUGCUGUAAUGCAGAAGUGGAGAUCAUGAAGAAACUUCGAGAAGCCCAUGAGAAUGAUGUGGCUUCACUUAAUCAGCAGACUAACAUGAUGCCAGGUCUAAACCUGAGCGCAUUGGGGAUCUUCUCCUCUGGCAUGUCUGCUUUCCCUCCAGCCCCUGGUCUGCGUGGAUCUCUUUCUGCCCCAGCCAACUACAGCCCCCUGCUGGGCCCUCCAUCAGUAUUGGGUGGUCUGUAUGGGGUUCCCCCCUCUGGAGCAUUAUCUCUUCAGCAGGCAACUGCUGAACAGGAAGUGGUUUACCUCUUUAUCCCCACUCCAGCAGUAGGAGCUCUCAUCGGGAAGAAAGGGCAACACAUUAAAGAGCUGGCACACUACGCUGGAGCUUCAAUAAAAAUUGCUGCACCGGACAAUCCUGAUGAUCCUGAGAGGAUGGUCAUUAUCACUGGACCACCAGAGGCUCAGUACAAGGCACAGGGGAGGAUAUAUGGGAAGCUGAAAGAGGAUAAUUUUUUCACUGCUAAGGAAGAAGUGAAGUUGGGGGCACAUAUAAAAGUGCCUUCGUCUGCCGCCGGACGAGUCAUCGGGAAGGGUGGCAAAACGGUCAAUGAGUUGCAGAAUCUCACCAGUGCUGAGGUCAUUGUACCACGAGACCAGACACCAGAUGAGAAUGAUGAAGUGCUUGUUAAAAUAAUUGGACAUUUCUUUGCCAGUCAGGCUGCCCAGCGCAAGAUAAGGGAGAUCGUUCAACAGGUCAAACAGCAAGAGCGGAAACAGCAGCAAACAGUGCCAACACCUUCACAACCAUCAAAAUGAUCAGCAGACGCCAGCAAGCAGCAGCUAAUGAAUGUAGCUCAUGAGUGGACAAAUCGAAAAUCAAGAAACAGGCAAAGGGAGAGAGAGACAGAGCAGGAACCAGAGAGAGACUGAUGAAGCUGAUGAAGAGGACCAGCAGUUUAAAACAACCAAAGAACUCAAAGCACAAAAACGUUUGGUCAUGAUGAUAUGAAUGAGGAUGAUCGAGAACAUUUUUCAGGUCAGAGAUCUUUUUAUGACCAUGGACCUGAUAUUUCAUAUUGAGCUCUUUUUGUUACUGAUUAAGCUGAUGUGAGGAUUUGUGCACUGUGAAGUAGACUGCUGGAGGAGGUGAAUGCACACUGCAGGUAGAUUUUAUAGGACUUGCAGAGUCUAGUUGUGCAUUAGAUCUACUAAUUUAUUAGGAGAUAUAAUAAAUUGCACAUUAAUAUUUUAAUAAGAUUCUAAAAACCGUUCUAUAUUAGUUUAUUCAGCAGAAUAUUCUUUGGAAACUCAUUUUAGGCUAUUUAAUGUGAGCAAUCAGAUUUGUUUUUGAGUUUUCUAGAAACAAAUUAGUACAGCAUGGUAGCUAAAAGCAUUAAAUGAUGUUACAAAGGAACGUACAUGUAAAAGAGUGCUUGCUGUGUGCCAGCAUUUCACUUCCAGUUCCUCUUUUUCCAUUGCUGAGUCUGAGCAUUUCUCCUCUGCUUGCUGCCCUGUCCUCUUUUCUCUUUUUUAAAAUGAUAUUGCUUUCUCUUAAAUGUUUCCAUGUUCCCAACUUAUUCCUCACACAGAAUAAGAGCUGUCUGUGUGCCAACUGUAAAAAAAAAAAAAAAAUACUAAAAACCGAGUCAGUACAGGCCCUAAGGAGAGGUAGAUCUAAUGUUGAUAGCCUGUACUCCCCAUGUAUUACACCUUACACUACUGUUCUAAAGUUUGUGAUUUUUUUUUAAGAAAAAAAUUAUAUUCUGCAAUUAUGCAUUAAAUUUAUCAAAAGUAAAGACAUUUAUAAUGUUGCAAAAGAUUUAUAUUUUAAAAUAUUAAAAUGUAUUAACUUGUAUUAACUAAAAGAAGAAUCCUGAAAAGGAGUAUUGUGGUUUCCUUAAAAAUAUGAAGCAGUACUUAAUAUUGUUUUCAACACUGAUUAUAAUAAGAAAUGUUUCUUGACAUUAGACGGAUUUCUGAGGGAUCGCGAGACACUGAGGACUAGAGUAAUUCAGCUUUGCAUCACAGGAAUAAAUGACUUUUUAAAGUAUAUUCACAUAGAAAAUGGGUAUUUUAAAUUAUAGUAAUAUUGCAGAAUAUUACAGAAGAUUAAAAAAAAUCCUACAAGCCUGAACUUUAGAAUGGUAGUGUAUGCAAAUGAGAAAGCUGAAUUGCAUGUGCAAUCUGCACCUUGUCUGUAGGUCGUGUAACGGGAGCCCAUGGCGACCUCCUAACACUCGUGAAUGUAUAUGAUGCAAAUGCCUUCUGCAAACAUGUACUUUCUGUGUAGCAAACUUAAUUUCUCCCCUCCCCCUCUUAUUUCACUUGCUGGGAUAAAUGUCUAUAAAUGCAUUUUUGACUAAAGAGAAGAGCAAAGCCAAGACAAAUGUUUUUUUUUUUAAUUGUAUGUAAAGACGUCCCAUUUUUUCGUAAUAUAUAAAGGUGAUAAGAUUGGUGAGGGAUGACGUCAUUAAGCCUUUUAAAGUUUCUCCCAAAAGGCUAAUGGAAUAAAAAAAAUGAAUGUGCUGGAUAUAGGUGACAGCUCGAAAAUAUUGGUUUUAGUAUUUCUUGACUGAUAAAAUGCAAACAGCCAGCUCUGCAGUACAGUACAGUCAUAGAGCGUAACAUUGAUAUAAAGCAACUGAUACAACCAUGAUUGAGACAUGAAAAUGAUAUAUUGAAAGUCCACGCAUCUUUGUGUGAAUCAGUACAAUAUACCGUUCUACCUCAAGAACAAGGUACCUCAAUCUGAUCUUUUCUCCCUUUUGCAUAUUUUGUAUACCUUGUAAAGCUCUCAAACUUUGAGCAUUUUUUAUUUUUCUAAAUAAAAGUACAAGAAGGAAAAAAAGGGUUAGCUCAAGGCACCAACUUGGCCUGCUUGUUCUUGUGAAAGAGGUGUCAGAAACUGAUUGUUGCUUUAUGAACCGUUUGACUCAAAUGGGCUCUUGAGGUCAAUACAACUCUUGGGCAGCUGAACAUUUGGGUUGACAAAACUUUUGUUUCUUGCAGUUUGUUUGAACUGACUGGUAUAUAUAGUGUCUAAGAAUACAUCUUAAUCCAACCGUAUGCAGUGUUCUUCAACCUGUAUUUAGAAUGUUAUCUACAUGUUACUCUGUUACAAAUGGGCUCUGUAAUUUUGCUCUGUUUUGGAGGUCAUAUCUGAUUGGAUGGCCGAUAAGUCAGUUUUGAAUGUUAUUUUAACAGCAUAUGUGUGUGUUUUUAUUAUAGGAAUAAUCUCCAGUUUACUGCUGAAUGUUAGCAUAACAAUAUUAGACACAAUUGAAUUUGAUCCUUCUAGUUUGGGUUUCUGUAGUAAAAUGUUGCUGUGUCAAAUAGGAGGGAUGUCCAGCGGUCUCGAGACCAUCUCUUCUCAUAUCAUGUACAAAGAAAACAUGUACAUGAAACCUAGUCUUUGCCGUAUUACUUCUGCAGCUGUCUCUGAGUCUGUUUCUCUUCACAUUCUGCCAUGUUCAAAAUGUCUUUAUUGUCCACUUGUACCGUGAAUACUUCUGGGUGUUUGAUAAGCCUGUCUCUUAUCUGAUCCACUUUUAUAGUAAUGUCACACAAUGUAAAAAUGAGUUAACAAACUAAUUUUAGAUCUGGGCAAAAGGGGGACAUAUUCCAUUGGUAUUACUGUUGGCUCUAGCCAAGUGUGGGUGAGUCGGGGACAAUAUGAGUGUGAGUGAACAAUCAUGAAUACACAUCUGUUUUUAUGUUUUCUGGAAGGGUCACACUACCCUUCACACGGAUAUGAGCAAUAAAAAGAGUCUUUAAAA